GCGAGAGCAGAGCAUCCGAGAGAAAGCGAGAGAGAGAGAGACAUACAUCCAUAAACAGAGAAGGAGAGAGAAGGAGAGAAAGAGAAAGAAAGAGAGCGAGAGAGAGAGUCCGAGGAGAAGCUGAAACUUCACUGCAGACGCUCCUGCUCAGAGCCCUCCAUGCCGGAGCCGGGAGCUUCUCCGCGGCGGAGCCCGCAGGGAGUCCCUUACACCGACCUGCAGCACAUCGUCAACGCCGACGGACUGCACCUGUUCUGCCGCUACUGGGAGCCCGCCGGCCCGCCCAGGGCUCUGGUGUUUAUUGCCCACGGAGCCGCAGAGCACUGUGGGCCGUAUGAUGAGAUCGCACAGAGACUGAAGAAACUGUCCCUGCUGGUGUUUGCACACGACCACGUUGGUCAUGGUCAGAGUGAAGGCGACAGGAUGAUCAUCAAAGACUUCCAGGUCUUCAUCAGAGACUCCCUGCAGCACAUCGACCUGAUGAAGUCCCGUCACCCGGACCUCCCUGUCUUCAUCGUGGGUCACUCCAUGGGUGGUGCUAUCUCUAUCCUGACAGCCUGCGAGAGGCCCCACGAUUUUGCUGGAGUGGCUUUGAUAGCGCCGAUGGUCCAGAUGAACCCAGACUCAGCCACACCCUUCAAGGUUUUUCUGGCAAAGGUUCUGAACCACUUGCUUCCCAGCCUGGCGCUGGGCACCCUCGAUUCUAAAUGGAUCUCACGGGACAAGACGAAGGUGGAGGCGUAUGAUGCCGAUGAGCUGAACUACCACGGCGGGAUGCGGGUGUCGUUCGGCAUGCAGCUGAUGGGCGCCGCGGCUCGCAUUGAGAGGGAGAUCCCGUCCAUCGACUGGCCCUUCCUGCUCCUGCACGGUGACACUGACAAGCUCUGCGACAUCAGAGGCUCUAACAUGAUGUACGACAACGCUCCGAGCUCAGACAAGAAAAUCAAGGUCUAUGAGGGAGGCUUCCACGCCCUUCACCACGACCUCCCAGAGGUGGCCGAGUCCGUGCUGAAGGAGGUGACCAGCUGGAUCACGGAGCGCCUCCCCGCCUCGUAAACUUGUAGCUUGUCCAACCCAGCGCUCCAACGCACCAGCCCGCCUCGUCCCAAGACAGAUGUUCACUUUCUUUUACAAAAAAAGAAUACAGCCCCUGUCAAACAGCCCACUCAUUUAAAUCAGGUGAUGGGGUCAGAAACAUUCUUUUUGUAGAUACUGAGCAGCAGUUGUCAGUAAAUCCUACACUCAUCUAUUUAUUUCAUCUGCAUCAGACCAUUCCCAAGUGCAACUCAAGACAUGUAAAGUUUAAGCUGUAGUUCAAAGUGCAAUAACGAAGUCUCCGUCUACGAGCAGGACAGAUUUUUUUUAAAUUAGCAACGUGAUAUGUCAGUGAUCUGCACGGGGCAUUUCCUUUUAGUUCACCCUCCACUCACAGACAGGAGUUCAGGAUCAGCUAGAGGACUUACUGUGGGUUCAGUGCAGGUUUAUUAGUUCAUAAAAAGCUCCUCCUGCUGCUUCACUGUCUUCACAGUGUCAGUAGUUGUGUAAUAGACAAUAUCAGUGCAUUAGAUUUGGCGUCUCAGGAGAAACUGUCGAUCAAUCUCUCACUUUACUCUCCUCUGCAUGAGCCCAUCUCCUCCAUCUCCUCUGCCCCCUCCUCCUCUGCUGCUUUUUUGACACGUGCAAUUCUUAUAGAGUCACAUGAAAACUUAUUCUGUAAGCACCAGUGAUCUCUUGCACAUUUUUACCAUCCAUAUUCGUUUUGUUAUUGUAGUUUAAAGGAGAACUAUCUUCACCAGCCUCUGUUUUUUUGCCUGCGUGACCAAUGGAUACAAUCCUCCUCUUUAUAUUUUCUUAUGUUGACUAAUAUUUCUUGGUGAGUGUAUUUCCGGGGAAUGCAGAGGGACAGGUGAAUCUGUUUUGUCGGCCUGGUCUCUGCAGGUGGGAGUUACAGGGAGAGAUAUGGGUCAGUAGGUCAAAAGUUCUUUCCUCUCUGUGACCUUUGACCUUCAUUGUCAAUCACUCACUUCUCUUUUAAGAGUCGCUCUUUGAAACCGUGACGUUGUUAAACUCAGGCCGCAGACUGGAGAACAGCUGGGAAACGAGAGGGACACAUUGAUCUGGUGAUGAGGACAAGGGUAGAUCUCCUUCGCUCACAUAGCAUCUGCCAUUUAAUCAAUCCACUUUCAAGUUAUAUGGCUGCGUGAUUUCUGGGAUGGCCGAGCACAGUGGGGAUCCAGCCUCAGAACAAUGACUUAGUCAUCUUUCUCUUUUUGGGAAACAGGAUGUUCAACAGAGUAGCUUUCAGAUGAGGAGGGACUAGAAAUUCUUGGCUUCAAAAAUACCUUUGAGGACUGCACCUACACACAACAGAAAUUUGGUAUGGAGUCCAUAUGUGUGAGAUAAUCAGGUUAAAGAACAGAUACAGGGCCACUGCUGCCACUGAGGACACUGAUGUGUUUUUACUGAGAAUUAGAAUUUAAAAAUGCAGAGAUGUUGUCUACUUUAAAGACUGAUUUCAGUAAUCAUUAAACUCACAUUAUAAUGAAAUACGACUAAUUUGAGUCAACAUAUUGGCUUAGUUUUGGGUUACGUUGGACCUUUGACCUCAGUAUUUCUAAAAUUCAGCAUACAGUUCCGCACAUGUUUAACAGCUCUAGACCUCACCUGCAGUGAGGGGCUAAUUCAACCCAGGCUUCUAAGAGGUUUCCAACAAAACCACAGCAAUAAUAUCAUUGCAUUCUAGAUCUGUGGUAGCUGUUAAUUAGAAGCUACACAGACUCACACUGAGUUCAUCGUUGUAUAUUGUCAGCAAGACUGUAAUUAGCAGGUAUUGCUACAUGUGCUACCUGUACCCACUCAUCAAGCCUGAGAACCAUUCAGGAGCAGGGGUUUCAAAGUUCGUCCACUGCCGACAUCGAACAUAAGGAUUAAACAACUUUAUGGCAAUUCACCAUGUUAGUGUUUCUGUUUGUACAUGUCCUAUAGAAAAUACAUUUAGUGAUCGACUGUGUCCCUCCUGUUUUGUUUUUUUGUCACUGAGAGUUCAAAGGGACUCAUGCAGGGAGUGUAGGGGAGGCACAGCGCAGUAUCCACGGUGACCGUUACCCACGCGUUACCACGGCAGCAGACCGGCAGAGGGGUAGAAUUUUUUAGUAACCACGGUGAUCACUGUAAGACUGAUAGAGUGAGAUAAAUGUCUUUCCUUCUAUCGUUCUGUCUCUCUCUGUCUCUUCUCUAUUUCUCUGUGUCUCCCAGUUUGACCUCCUCCGGUCACUUCUUUUCUUCAGUGGGUUGGAGCAGUUCUCUUUGUUCUGUCCAUCACAGAGCCCCUUGUUCUACCACAGAUUCAAUCAUGUUUUACUGUCAGCGACCCACACUGCCUCUAGUGGUCAAUUAGCAGAAUAACAACAAAUUUAUUUUUGUCUUAUGGUAAUAAUUGUCUUAUGGUUCUUUUGGAAAUGAGCUCUCAUUCAUUUAACAGCAGUCACAUCGCUUAAUCUGCCAGAGAUUUGGCUAAAGAAAGAAAUAAGCCAACAUUUUCGAGUCUGAAUGCAAGAGUGACACCAAUAAUUUGGGUCAAUUGAGUGAAAUCAUUGAAUUCACUGAUUUUGAGAUUGAUCAGUAGGGAAAUUAAGCAGAGACAAAUAUGUUUAAAAUAUACAGUUCCUACAAAAAUGCAAACUAGGGUGCUUUAUGGGAUACAUAAUGCAUCAAAUAAGAAAUAUGGAUAACAAGAUAAAUAAAAUAAAUCAUAGACACAGUUUUUCAGGACAUUCUAAGACAUUUUGACAGAGUAAAUAUCAGGUCUCAAUGCCAUCGGUGCAGUGCAGAGAUGUAGAGAUGCGAUGAGGUACUCAAUCCCAGUAGGAAUCACAGCCACUUCAAACACAAUCUGCUCCUGAUUGAGCUGCAGCAGGCAUGAGACACACACAAAGGAGACACAGUCCCAGUUGUAUUCAUAUUCCUAAUAGCACCCCUGCUGCACCGCAUCAGUGCAGUGCAUCUAACCUGGCAGGGGCCUAUAGAAACAGUACAUUUCAAAAGCCAUACCUGUCAGACUACACAAGUGCAUAUUACCGCUGUGGUGAGCUAUGGGGGUGGACAGAGAUGGAGUGAGAGCAGAGAGAGAGAGAAAGAUGGGAAGAGGGCUGUCAGUAACCAUGGUAGCAGCUUUUAUCUUAUUUUUCUCCCCCAGUAAAAUUAACCUUUGAAAACCUUGUUUUUGUUAAUGGUGCGCACGUUGCUGCUCUUUCAGGGCUGGUUGUCCAUUCGCUGCUCUGAGGAUUCCCUUUUGUGUGAGCAUGGAGAUAAGAGAGCAAACAAUUAACAUCAUCAGCUCACAGUGGGCAAUAAGAAGUGCACACACACACACACACACACACACACACACACACACACACACACAUACACACACACACACACUCCCUGAAUUCAAAUUAGACUGGUCUGCUGUUUGAGCUGAAAACACAUGAUCUCAAUAGGGCUGGCGAUGUGGCCAAAAAUUAUAUCACGAUAAAAAUUUGUCAAUAUCGUAAUUAUCACAUAUUUCUUUCUUUUAAGUUUAAAGAGUAAUUUUUGCUUUUGAAUGAAGGUUUUAAACUCUUCUUUAUUUCAGAGAAUAACAAUGUACUUUUAUUAUAUUGCUAUUGAAGAAAAUUAUUUUGAUUAUUAUUGAUAUUAUUUCAUUGUCCAGCCCUAAUUUCCAGUGAAGCAAAAAAAAUUGUGUUUGAGCUUUUGAGGCCCUAAUUUUUCAUUCUUUUUUUGCCCAAGCGGUGGAGGAAGUCUGUGAGUGAAAUUCAGGAUCCCCCCUCUCUCUUUUUUUUCACAGUAUUUAAUUUAGUCCUUAUGGGGUGCAUCAAUCCUCAUGUGUUGUAAAGCCAUGUAAACCUCCCAUAUCCAUGCCAAUAUCCUCUUCUCCCAGCAUGUAUAUCUACACAAGCAUGAUUUGUAUGCAGGUUUGCUAUGCUGACAGGUAGCCGUGUACAGACGCAGUGCUCUUUCGGUAUAUAUAUUCUUUUUUUAUCCAGAACAGAGCUUCUAUAUUUAGUAAAAAAGAUAAUAAUGAGGGCAGGAAACCAUAGAAUCGAAUUGGUCUUUUCUAAUUGAGUGAAACUUAUUUGUCCUUUCGGUUUGGUUGUUUUUUUUAAUCUUGACUUUAUGACUGUUUCUAAAUAAAAAGCUGUUAUAUAUGUUGACGAACUAAAGGCCACAGGCCAGAGAUUAAAGUGCACUGGGAAGGAUCAUUGCAUAGUUUGCAUGAUUGAAGUCGAAAAGAAUUGAAGGUUUUUUCUCCAAAAUGCUAUAAACAAUGAAAAAAUGAAUCACCUGAGGACCUAAUCAAGUAGCUCCUACUUGAUAUCUGUAAAAUACAGGGAUCCAAGCUGUUAAAGUGUAAUCAUUUCAUACACUGAAAACCUGCUUUGAUAUUGCAUUUUGGAAUAAGACCAAAUUCAAUUCAUGCUGUUUUCUUCAAUUAACAUCAUUAGCAAAUUAGAUUAAUUUGUAGUUACUGAACUGCUUGAUUAAUGAACAUAAUUGUAAUACACUGUAUAAUAGCAUCGCACUGCAAAAAACACUUGAUGGAAAUAUGUUUUAUUUACGUUGUUUAGAGUAUUUAAAGGAAUUCAUUUGAAGUAUAUAGGCUACAAAGGCACUUUUUUAUACCAUAAAGCAGAUACAUGUAAUUGUUACUGUUGUUGCUCAACCACAUGAAAGAUUCAUAACACUUUCUGAGGAAGAGGCAGGUUCAGGAUUGUAUGCAUGUAAGAUUGAAAAAUGAAUGACAGUGUUUCUGGUUUUGCAUAGAAGAGUAUUUUACCACUGUGUGUUUUAAGUUACCGUCGUGAUGAAACAUGUCUCGUCGGAGUUUGUCAGAGAAGGAUGAAAGUCAAAAUCAACUGAUAUUAAAAUUAUUUUAUCUUUGAACAACUCAUAUUUAUUUGGGGAAAUUCUUCCACAAUGCCUUCACUAUAAUAUGACUGACAGUCAUUUCCAUUUGAGCUCCUGUUAAAACUGCCUCAUGACAAAAUCAGUUUGGUCAGAAUAAAGUAUGUUUAAAGACGUAACUGCCGAUAUCAGGUUUUCACCCAAGAGCAGCUUGUUUAUUAGAAAUAAAACCUCAGAUAUAUUUCCUUAAGAAUUCCACAUUUUAUGAGAACAUGUAUUGUGUGUUGAUCUAUUUUUGGAUUGUGGUCCAGUGUCUUUUGUGCCUUAUUACGAUGACGAAUGUGUAUCUGAGCAUCUGGUUUUCUGACUGUUGUUAUAUCUGUCUCUGUUUCUGGUUGAGCAAUUGCGUCCAUCUGCUUGGACCUCUUCUUCAUGUCUGUCUGUUGCUCUCUGUCCACGUUUCUGUCCAAUCAGGAGUCUAAGCAGAUUUAGGUCAUAAACUGUUUCUGAAUCUUUCAGGAAUUGACACAAAUCAAAACAGUUGUUAAUCUGCAUUUAGACGCCCACAGUAUCUACAAACGCAGUAGAACACAAAAGACGACACUCUGUCUCUGCUGUGGUUACUUUAAUGGCACGAUGACUAAAUAACAUGUGGAACGUGCCUGUUCUCUGUCAUUGAUUUCCAGCAGAGAACAACACAUGCCAGAUAUGGGGUUUAUGAGUCCAUCACUGUUACUGUUUUGUAUGGAAUGUUUGCAUUCCUUCUCCUUGUCCUUAUUUGUACAUGUUUUUGCUGGGAGGCUUUUGUAAAGGGGAAGCAGGGUGGGGCAAUGCAUUUCAAAGUUCCUAAGUCAAUCCAGCAAUGUUCAGAAAAUAACUGAAAUCAUCAUGUAAAAUAAUAUUUUAAAACACAAAGUGGAGGCUGUAGUUAAGCAAAAACUAUAAAGUGACAUAGCAGUUCACAGUUGGAAGAUCUGGAGACAAGCUUUAACAUUUUGUUUGUUCUCACUCCCACUGUGUAUUUAAUCUGUUCCACACUGUUCAUGAAUAAACAAUAACAUAUUCAUACUUACUGGUAAAGAUCUAUAUCUUAAUUAUAUGGGAGAUAUGGAAAGGCAAUCGGCUGUGGAGGAAAACUUAGUUAUGUGAUGUAAAACCUCGGAAGAUCAAGUGUGAACUGUCAAGAAUAUAGCAAUGCUCAUCCCAGCAAGUCAUACAGUAUAAAUGUGAUGGAGUAAAAAGUGCUGAGGAAUAAUAACAACAUCCAGCAGCAUUACUCAUGAGAUGGGAGUUGGUGUUUUCAGGCAGCACAUUACGGACCGUAGUAAGAUCAUGUUGCAUCACAUUCUUGAGUCUUCCUUAUAAAGUAAUGUGUUGUUUGAUUUAUUGCUGUUGUACUGGAUGACACUUGAUUUGAAGGGUCCAGCGCUGCUACUCAACCUCAACAGUGCAAAAUCAGUUGAGUAGCAGCGUUGGACAGUUUCAUUCAAGUGGAAAAAACAUUGUAUAUAAGAUGUAUAUAGUCUAAUGUAAUAAUGGAGAUAUCUCAAUCACUGACGGCCAAACUGCUUGUUACUAGAAUGUUCAUACUCCCUGACAGAAUAAACUUUAAGACUGUU